AUGCAUUCAUUAGUGCAGAAAUACCAUCCGCAAUUAGAACCAGAACUAUAUGAAAUAGUAACCUCUUUCAUGGUACACGGCCCUUGUGGAGAAUUAAACCCAGACUCCGUUUGUAUGGUGAAUGUCCAAUGUUCUAAAAAGUAUCCUAAAGAAUUCAGUGAACUUACAGCAAUAUCAGAAAAAGGGCAAGUCUCUUAUAAAAGACCAAACAACGGCAGAACUUUAACAGUUCGAUCUAAUAACAUAAACUGUAUUUUAGACAAUCGUUGGAUAGUUCCUUACAAUCCCUAUAUCCUAUUAAAGUAUAAAUGCCAUAUUAAUAUAGAGGCUUGCGCUACUACCCAAUGCGUUAAAUACCUUUAUAAAUACUUAUUUAAAGGUGUAGAUCUGGCAUUAGUUCGCAUUAACGUAGAAAAUCAAGCGAAUUAUAAUGAGGUAGAAAACUACUUGAACGCACGGUAUAUGACUCCUCCGGAGGCCUGUUGGCAUAUCAAUCAAUUUGAAACCCAUAAAAAUACCCACACCGUUUAUCGGCUUUGCGUUCAUCUACCUACCAGGCAAAUGGUUCGUUUCCAACCUGGAUUCGAAAUACAAGCAUUAGAAAAUAAUGAAAUUACCCAACUAACGGCAUGGUUUCUGUUAAAUCAGAAUGACCCCGACGCCCGACAAUAUCUGUACACCGACAUUCCAUAUCAUUACGUAUGGAAUAGUAGAACUAAACGGUGGACCCGUCGCCAAAGGGGUGCUAACAAAAUUGUAACACGAAUGUACUCUUUUCAGAUGCUCCGGCGCUUUGGGANGUUUGACAUUUCGAAAAUCGCUCUCAGAGUCAUAUACAGAACUUUAAUUUUGAUUCCACUCAUAAAUAUAGAUUAA